CAGCAAUGGCAACGGAUUUUGGCGGGAAAUUCGUGGCGGGAACAACGACAACUGAAACGCAGCCAACGUUGCUCGUUGCGCCAAAGCCGCGCGUCCGCAAGCCAAAGAAGCUGACAACUGCAUCACGGUCGCUGCGGCGGCUGGCAGACUUCCUGGCCAACCCGGAGGCUGGCGGGGCCCCUGGAGUCACAGGCUCAGGCGCAGGAGCAAGCGGUGGGGCGAGCGGUUUCACUGCUGCUGCAGCGAGCGCAGCGUCGGCUGGAUCCGCGCUCGAAAUCCUGCCACCUCCUCAACAGGCACACCAAGCACAACAGUCGCUGGAUGCGGACGGGCCGGGAGCGGGCUCGUCGGGGAAUGCGCUGCCGGGCAAUCGUCCCACUGUCGCUGCAAACGCGGUCGCUCGUCGAUGGCUGUCCAACCUCCGCAAGAAAGCCAACUCGCAUGGCGAGACACCAGACGAUACCGGAGUCGAUUCUGGCGUCGAUGCGAGCGAGGCGAACAGCGCCGAUGAGGACUAUGGCUGCCCAAUCUUGACAGACUUGCAAGGCCGACCAGAGUGGAUUUGCGCCGCCGCUCAGUUCUUUCGACAAUUCAGGCUGCAACGAAUCAUCAAAGAGAGCCACGGAAGGCCACUCUCAGGGAUGGUGUUCAACCGCAUGGAUGCCUACGUGCCCAACCUGAUUGUGACGAGUGGCGGCCACCAGGUGAACGUGUACGACAACGAGCACACUGGCACGCAUCUGGACGUUGUUUCGCAGUAUGCCAACUCGACGGCUGUAAUGACGUGCUGCUGCUGGGUGGCUGCUGUCGACGACGCCCUCGCGAUUGCUGGCGACCACGAAGGGGUCACUCACGUCAUUAGCGUGGCCAAGUCUCGCGAGAUUGCUGCCAUCGACCAUGGAGGUGUGGGCGUCGGUGCGAUCAGUGCGCUCUCAAGCGCGCCAGGGGUCGUGGGAGUUGUUCUUUCUUCCGGGCAGAUCGAAUUUAGGGAUGUGGCGCAGCCGCAUCUCGCGCCGCUAGUCGUGUUUCCCGAAGCCGGUGCCUGCUGCUUGGCUUUCAGUUCGAGCGGAGCCAAGAUGGCGUGGGGAAUGCGGUCUGGCUCGCUCAUGGUGCAAGACGUUCCUGCAUUCGAUCGCUACAGUGGCGAGACGGUCACCAUCUCGGUAUCCGAGUUGCCGAGUUUGACUGCGGUGCUUGGUGCUCUCGACUCGAUCGUAUUCCUAAACGAUGACAGGCUUGUGGUUAAAUCACAGACCGGACGCAUUAAUGUGAUUGACUUGAGCGGACAGAUUCUAGCGCGCAUGGAUUGGCCACAAGGCAUGUACGCAACAAGUAGCAUUGAUGUCAGCCUCGAUGGCAAAUUUCUCUGUGUCGGCACGGACUUUGGCCGGAUAUUGGUGUUUGAUCUCGUGCACGGCUUGCUACUAGCGGAAUUGAUGCACAAGCGGGUACGACAUCCAAUACGGGCAUGCUCGUUUAAUGCGGUUUCAAGUCAAGUCCUGUGUGUUACCGGCAACGGCAUGAUUUGCAGAUUUGAGCACAUUCCGCCAGAAGUGUGGCAAGAGUGGAAGCAAAUUGCGCGGACUGGCGCCAGCCCAGUGGGCACUCGCGAUUGAAAACAACGUAAUUUUUUAUAAUAUUAUACAGUAUGGUGAA